UGAACAAAAACCCAUUUUCAAGGACCCACAAAAGGAAUAUAAUGCUACUUAAAGAAGAAAGGAAAUCAAGCAGAUAUCAAAAUUCCUCUUCAGAAUCUAGCUCAGAUCCAGAGUUUUCUUUCAUUGAUGAGAGUACCUCAAUUUGUGAAAAGAAGACUUCUGAUCCUAAUUCGUUCAAUACAUUUUUCCAUCCUGUUGACCAAGAAAAAUCUAACAUGUUCCAGAGUUAUGUCAUGAACAUAAAGGCAUCUAAGAACCUAUGAAAAUUUGUAAAGAUAGGGCCCUCUUCCAAAGGGCUGAACACAAAGAUGCUGAAGCCAAAGCAUAGGAGGGCAUAUAAUCCAGUAUCAAAUGACACAAUUAAAGACGGAUCACCUAGACCUAUCUACUCCAAAGAUGAGUUUAAAUGCAAUAGAAAUGCAAGUGAGAUUAAUCUCAGCGCAAAACCAUUUGAAGCACAACUCAAGAUUAGUCAAGCGCUCAGAGAAAAAGUCCAAGCAAGGAAUAGAACAAGGAUUAGAACAUGUAAAUCACUUGAAGCAUCUAAAUUUUCAAGAUGGACUUCCACCACAAGAGAAAAAGUAUUGCAGGGAUUUAUCAAAAAGGCAAACAAAAUUCUAUCUUCCCAAAGAAGUGAAUUCUCUGCCAGUUUUAAUAGAGAUGUAUUUAAAACCAAUACCACUAUUAAGACAAUUUACCCUACCAGCGUCAAGAAGAUGAAAUCCUCUGAGAAGCUCUCAACCCAGUUCGACACAAGGUCAAACAUAAACUCAGGAAUUGGAGUUGAGAAAUUUGAUCCAAAAGCAUAUGUUACAAACUGCAACACAAUAAAAACUAUCGGGUCUUUGAAAUAAAGCUAAAUCUAAGCUCCUUAACAUAAACACUACUUCAAGAAAGGUGGCUACAAAGUCCAGAGCUUUUCCAAAUAAAACAGAAAGGGUUCCUCGGAGAAUUAACCAUCGAGAUUCCUCUAAUGAUGAUAUCCCAAAGCUUCUCAAUGCAGAUCUAUAUUAUGACCAAUCCAACUUCAGUAGCAACAUUACAUUAAAAUCUUUUAUCAAGAAUGAACAGAAGAGCCAGAAUGAAUGUAGUGAUCAUAAUUUCUCAAAAAUGAACUCUAAAAACAGCUCAUUUGCUUCAAUAGUAUGCAAAAACAUAGAGAAAAAUAGAAAAUCAAGAGUUAUCCACAGAAUUCACCAAAAUAACCAAAUACAAAAGAGCAUAGCUAAAAACAUAGUAGAGAAUAGUCUGAAAGUUCAGAAGAAAAGGAACAAAUCUUAUGAGGGUACUAAGAUUCCUAGAAUUGGGACAGUAAGAGACAAAAAUCCUAAAAGACAAGACAAACUUGACUUAUCUAAUAAAUCAAAAGAGAUUAGUAAGAGAAAACACAGAAAAAAAUCAAAUGUUUUAAAGCCACCAACUAGAGACCCGAAGAAGCCAAUGAAGAGCACUAAAAAUAUUCCUGAUAAAUAAAGUUAUCCCAGAAAUUGCAAGAACUUGUAAAAAGAGGAAGAGGUGAUACACUCCUGUAGUUGUCAAUCUCAAAAAUAAUAUUCACAAACAAGCCACUUCGUUAAGCAUUAGAAGUAGUAGCCAGAACUUUUACAGAGACAAUGAUCAGACUAACAAGGAGAGACUUGUAUUUGACUGCAAUAUUUUUAGUCAGAAUGGAGAGAUUGAGUCGAACCUUGUUUGAGAAAUUGAGAGUAAUACCGAAACUUUCCCAUCAGCUCUCCCUUCGAGUAGAGUUCUACCUCAGAAACAUAAGAAAGAAGAUGAUAAUGCUAAAAUUUAUCCUUCAGAGUUUUCAACAUUCUCGUACCAGCCCCAGUUUAUCAGGCCAAUGUCAAAUUCACAGAAAGAUGGAGAUGAGAACACUCCAAAGCCUGAACUCAAGAGAUCACAAUGUAAAAGGUUUAACGCUGCUCAGAAGGUCACGAAUACUGGUCAUUCUUUAACUUAUAUAAAAUCUCUGCCAGGUGAACUCAAAAUGAAACUUCAAAAUUCUGCUAACUUCACACUUAAAGAAAUCAAGGUCUACUCUAAGAGACCAGAAAUAAUUCGGAAUGUGUCAAUCAUUAGUUCUGAAUUGGCCAAGGCUCCUCUUCGAAGUCAUAGAUCUUCUUCGAGGAUUGAUAUCGAAGAUAAGGAAAAUGUAAAACCAGGAUAUACAACCUCAAGAAUGAGGGAUUAA